CGACUCUCCCCAGUGGAAAAGGAGAGCUGCUUUCACUGACCGGGAAUUGGUUUACCUCCACGAAUGAUAGCAUGGCGGGGGCGGGGACAGCCUAUCACGUGCUGCGGGACAGACCGGGGCGGGACACGCCACUGGCUGCAGGGUGAGCUGGGCGCGCGGCGCGCAGGCGCCCUGGGGACCCGGUAGCAGCGGCGGCGGCGGCGACGAAGGGAGCUGGAUCACUGAUCCAGGCAGGAGGCGGCGGUGGCGGCCAUGGCGGCAGAUGGAGAGCGUUCCCCACUGCUGUCCGAGCCCAUUGAUGGCGGUGCCGGGGGCAACGGUUUAGUGGGGCCGGGCGGAAGUGGUGCUGGGCCCGGGGGAGGCCUGACCCCCUCCGCACCUCCGUAUGGAGCCGGUAAACAUGCCCCGCCCCAGGCAUUUCCCCCGUUUCCUGAGGGGCAUCCAGCCGUGUUGCCUGGGGAGGAUCCGCCCCCCUACUCACCCCUGACCAGCCCGGACAGUGGGAGUGCCCCCAUGAUCACCUGCCGAGUCUGCCAGUCUCUCAUCAACGUGGAAGGCAAGAUGCAUCAGCAUGUAGUCAAAUGUGGUGUCUGCAAUGAAGCCACCCCUAUCAAGAAUGCACCCCCAGGGAAAAAAUAUGUUCGAUGCCCCUGUAACUGUCUCCUUAUCUGCAAAGUGACUUCCCAGCGGAUUGCCUGCCCACGUCCCUACUGCAAAAGAAUCAUCAACUUGGGGCCUGUUCAUCCAGGACCUUCAAGUCCAGAUCCACAGCCAAUGGGUGUCAGAGUCAUCUGUGGACAUUGCAAGAAUACAUUUCUGUGGACAGAGUUCACUGAUCGAACCUUGGCACGUUGUCCUCACUGCAGGAAAGUAUCUUCUAUUGGGCGCAGAUAUCCGAGAAAAAGAUGUAUCUGCUGCUUUUUGCUUGGCUUGCUCUUGGCAGUCACUGCCACUGGCCUUGCUUUUGGUACAUGGAAGCACGCACGGAGAUAUGGAGGUAUCUAUGCAGCCUGGGCUUUUGUCAUCUUGUUGGCUGUGCUGUGUUUGGGCCGGGCCCUGUAUUGGGCCUGUAUGAAGGUCAGCCACCCUGUCCAGAACUUCUCCUGAGCCCCUUGAUGAUCCACAGACUGUGUCUGGCCCCUCCCUGGUGGGGACAGUGACACUACAAAGGGAGCUGGGGUAAAAGGUUCCCUGGGCUUCAAGUAAGGAAGCCAAGCAGCUGCCUUCCUUUUCCCUGGGGAGAGGUAGGAAGGAACCAGGCCCUCACUUAGGUUUGGAGGGGUGGAUAAGACCACUGCUGGCCAUCUGCUUUCCUCCAAGGGUUGCUGUGUAUAGGGUGAAGUAGGCAAAAUAUUGCCCCUAAUCCUGGGUCCAGAAGAUGGGUCUAGCCUUGUCCUUCCUAUGCRCUCCCUGAGAGCCAUUCCUGUCCCUUACACAUUCCAGGGCAGGGUGGGGGUGGGUAGCCCUGGGGGGUUCCCCUCCCUCUUGUGCACCAUUAGGACUUUGCUGCUGCUAUUGCACUUCACCAGGGCUGGCUCUGGCCUCAGUACCCUCAAGUCUCCCUCCCCACAUUCCSUGUCCUGUGGGGGUGGGGUCAGCCGCUGCUCUGUACAGAACCACAGGAACUGAUGUGUAUAUAACUAUUUAAUGUGGGGUAUGUUCCCCCAGUCCUGUUAUUUCCCGAAAUUCCUCCUUCCAACCUUCCUUGCCUCCCCAGUUGCAGUGUUUAACUGGGCUGGGUAGGGUUGCUCUUGGGGGAGGUUAGGGACUCAUCCUGUGCUUGUAAAUAAAUAAGGUCAUGACUCUAACCUU